UCCAAAACUAACCUCUCACCGCAAGCUGCCUAUCAGCCCAAUCAACAUUUGCAGGAGAACACCGUCUAAAAUGGUAAUUUCAAAUGAGAUCCAGGUUUAAUGGCCAGCUAAACUGCCACGUCAAUAGAGGACUAAGCAGAAUAAUAUACGCUUCAUAGAUGCCUUACCAUUCCCAUACUUGGCUCUCUCACGUUCUAGUUAAAAGCACUCCCGCCCCCCCACUCUGCGGCCCUUGCUACAAGUUACCCUGUUUGGUCACUAUCAUUACAUACAACAUCAACAAUAUCAUUGUAUCAUUAUGCCGUCCGAUCUCACAUCAUGGAUCCCCGGAAACAAGACGAAGAAAAGGGUCAUCCGCGAGACUCUUACGAGGACUAUCGGGGCGGCCGCGGGGGCAGCAGCCAAGGCUAAUCCAGUUGUAAAGACCAUACAAGCAGGGUACAAUAUUAUGCAAUUAGGAAAUACGAUCAAGAAGGCGAAUGAGACAGCUAGCCAUAUAAAUGAAUUAGUCCCCAAGGCCACAGAAUUGGUCGGAGCUGCACAUCAGUUCGUCCCUUCGAUUCAGGUGAUGGGCCGGUCGGUUUGCGACAGUCUGAAGCUCUUUGGCUAUUUCAGUACCAUCGCAACUACUGUUGGUAUCGGGUCUAAUAUGAUCUUGACCUACCAGGGAGUCCAAGCGCUCAACCUCAUCGCCACUAGGCUCAAAGACAUCUCAGAUACCCUCGCAGCGCAAACUGCCCUCAUGGCUCAAAGAGAGUUUCCCGAACUGGUUUAUUAUAUGAUCCGUGAGCGAUUGGCCCAGACCUCUCAGGAUCCCGAGGUUGAACACUGGUUUUAUGUCUUCCACCCAGACAACGAUUGGUACCCCAAGUUCUUCCAUCUCAUCGAAUCCAAUCCACUUGAUCCCCGGUUCUGCGGCUACACGAACCAGAUCGACACGGUCUUUGUCUUUAUGCUUGCAACACGAAGGUAUAUAGAAAAGAAGAAUGCGCGUUCUCAAAGGUACGGGAAACCGCCCCGGCCAGUGCGCCUACAUCUCCUCAUCCCAGCCUACCAGCCUAUACUUAUUGCCGAGGCGCUCGAAAUCCCGGAUGACAUCGGAGACUUUGUCAUAGAAGGGCGCAUUCAUAAUACUAGGGAGCUUGUCUGGUUUAACUUACCAGAGGACCAAAAACAUCAUACUAUGGAUAUCGGACAGUGGUUACCGCCCGAGAGAGGCUGGUGGUCCUGGGCUAUGACAAAGUUCGGAUUGAAGGAAACGCCGCCUGAGCUAAAACAGCGCAGGAUAUUAGGGACGAGACAACGAGGACAAGAAGAUAAGGAUGAGAAUGCUAAUAAUAUUAAGGAAGACGGAGAAGAUCAUGAUAUCGAGUCAGACACCGCAUUAUCUAGACGUCGGGGAAACGACGAGAAAGCCCGAGAACAGGGAAAACCGCUACAUCACCGCCAGCGGCCACAAGAGAGGCGCCACCGUUAGGUUGGUAUGAAUAUAAAAAUUAUAAAUAAUUGAAAUACAUUUUAGUAUACAAGAACAUCCAGAAGAGAUAUCCAUGGUCAAUAUUAAAUGAAAUCUUAGAGGUACUUAUCGUUUAAAUUAUCUGGACGAGUAAUUAUAUUUAUUAUGUCAGGGUUAAUGUUGGUAGUUAGUUUUACAUGUUAGAAUUAAAGAUGCGCCAAAGUUUCUAGC